AUGGAGUCGCCCCUACCACCGCUCCCUGCUUCAGGUACUUACAUGCGGUCCAUUCGCGAUUCCUGUCGUCUGUUGAGAGAAUCUCAUAAUAUCCAUAUUGCUCCAUCCAGCAUCCAGCGUCUGUUACUUUCCGAGGCUUUCAGUUCAACCUAUCACCGCAUCUCCAAGACCUCACAUGGUCUCGCUUUUCCUCUGAAAUUCCCCUCGGCGCUCGCUGAACUGAACCUACUAUCGAUCCUGUCACUCCUCAAUAUCGCAUCCGGUUACCGCGUUCCCUUGCACCAGCAGACAGGACGAGGAGCAUGGGAUUCCAUUCGCGCGUUUGUCUUCGGACUGUAUCUGUCGUCAUCGAUAGGGGCAGACGAUGAUCUACUCAGCGCCAAAGGGAUGCGGUCUAUCAGCGAGACGAAGAUAGUAGAACUCAUGGGGGUCAGCGUACACGUUGAGAGGCCUCAUGAGAGUAUACCAGGGGUGACGGUCGGGGAAGUCGGAGGUCCGAUACAUGAGCUGGUGCAACUUUUGAAAACUCUCAUGAAUGAGACCGGCAACGUGCUCGUCAAUGGCGGAUACACCGACCUCGGAAGUUUCGUUCUGGAGGCUUUGAAGGAAGGUGAGAAGGCUACAAGACAGUCAGGCGACAAGACCGCUGCGGCAGAAGUCGUAUUGGAACGACUGGUCCGCGCAAUUCCGGGAUUCAGAGACAUGGCAAUCGUCAAUGAACAGCCCGUGUACUGUUUCAAAAAAGCCUUGUUCUUGAUCCAUGGCGUCUCCAUACGCUUUGGCUCUUCGUCCCCUUCUUCGGUCCCCAUUCCCGAAACUUCCCAUCUCCCAGUCUUCACGGACAAUGUUCUUCCAAGCAUUCUAGUCCAUUUGGGCGUUCUCGACCUCACUCAAGCCACACAAUCCCUCAUCUCGCUUUUUCCGGGUGCAGGGUCCGAAGAGUGCUUGAUGUCUCUACUAGCGACCGCUCCAUCGGAUCCUCCCGAAGAUGCUACAAAAAUGAAUGAAAAACCAUUACCGAAAGAAGGUCCUAUCUUGACGACAGAACAAUCUUACAUCCUGCGUGCUGCUGCCAUCGAUGCGUGCGAGCUCAUCGUGGAAUACUCUCGGUCGAUGGAUACAUCGGAGCUUCAGCAACUGCGCUUGGAAUGGGUCAAGGACAUCACACUCCCGGACUUGGAUAUGUGGCUAUGGGCAGUUGCAAAGGAUAGGAAGGACUACCGGGAGUUAGAGAGAUUCGUUCUCCGAAAUACCCUCUUCUUCUGA